AUGCCCACGGUGAUCGAGUCCUACAAGACCAACGACAACUCGAACUACUACAAGAGCGCCGACGUGGGCCAGAUGCUGGUCGUGCAUGAUGUGGAGAAGGGCAAGGGCCGCGCGCGCAUCCACACCGACGAGAGCGGCACCGUCAACAGCGGCCUGUGCCCGCCGUUCAAGGGCAUCAAGAAGCGCUUCCGCCGCACCUACCCCGACAAGGCCGAGGUGGCCGAGGUCGACAACGAUCUGUCGCGCAUCAAGGGCGGCGGCAUGCCCGGCAGCGUCAACAUCGAGGUGGUCGAGGAGGACGAGGACGGCGAGCUGCUCGACGGCACGCCGCUCCGCGGCCGCGGCAAGGGCGCGGGUGGUAAGGGCAAGGGCAAGGGCGGCGCGGGCAAGGGCGCCGGCAAGGGGAAGGGGAAGGCGAGGGUCACGCUGGCUCUGCUCGACGCGGAAGACGAAGAUGACGAGGACGACUACGAGGGUGCGGAGAACAAGAACAAGAAGAAGCGACGACGGGUCACCAAGAAGAAGACGGCGGAACCUGUCGCGGACAUCGCGGGCGCAGAGGGCGCCAUGGGUGGUGAGCCAGUGAGCGAGACGCCCAGCAGGAAGAAGCCACGCGGAGGCGCCAAGGCGGCGGCGACGGCUGCGGCAGCGGCAGCAACGACCACGGCGACAGAGGGGGAGGGUGCGGCGAAGAAGGAGCGAAAGCCGAAGCGACGACGAACGAAGGAGAAGGAGGGCGACAUGGCAGCGCUGGCGGCGACUGCCGAGCAGCCGGCGGCCAAGAAGCCGCGGAAACGGGUCAGCAAGAAGGCCGCCGAGGCGGCGGCUGCCGCCGCGCAGCCCGCGGCGAUGGACAUCAACCUGGCGCUGGAGCUCGAGUCCUCCAUGGGCAGCGAUCUCCUGAGCCCCGCCACUUCCACGCCACUCUCCCCAUCACCCGUGGCCACGCCCGUCCACCCAGCGGCGGCGCCGGCUCCCGCGCACACCACAGGCCACGCCACCACCGUGGCGCCGCCGCCGCUCAUGGCGCUGCCGGUCUCCAUAUCCCAACCCAGGCCACGGGCCGUCGUGGCCACACCACCAGCGCCCGUCUCCGCUCCCGCGCCGUUCAUCUCCUACCAGCCCGAGCCGGUCGCGGCCGCUGCUGCGCCGCCGCCGGUGGUCAUGACUCCUGCGCCCGAGCCCGCGGCGGCAGCGCCUGUGGUGGCGGCCGCGCCUGUGCGGUCGGCGGAGGAGCUCGCGCGGCUGGCGGAGCUGCAGACGCAGGAGGCCGCGCUCACCACCGAACUGGCCAACCUCAACAAGUCUCUCGCGCAGGCCAAGGAGUACGCCGUCAAGAGCGUCAACCAGGUCAUCAAGGGCCGGUUCGCCAAGCAGGCCGCCGGGCUCUCGGAGAAGAUCGCCGCCCAGGAGCAGGCGCUCGAGCAGGUGCAGAGGGAGAUCGCCAGCCUCUCAGCUCAGUGA